AUGGCGAUUUCGAGUCUGCUGAGUGGAUCAGAGGAGUCGGGUGCAGGUGGUGGUGCAGUUGGCAGUGUUGGCGGUCCUGGAUCCAGUUCAGUGGGUGACAUUGCUAGUGGAGGAUUUGGUUCAGUUGCUAGUUCAGAUGGAGGGUUUGCAGUUAGUUCUUCUGAUAAGAGCGGGCUCGAUCGAUAUACAUAUAACGGGACUAGUCAUGUUAAGAGCAGUAUGAACGGGUUUGGGGCUUUUAAGGUCAACAAAUGGUAUAACCAGCCCAAUUAUCAGAUGCAUUUUGACUGGCCCACGAGUUUAGCUGAUAACGACGCUGGCGAGAUAGCCAAACAGGCUGCUGAACCCAGAUAUUCCAGUGAGAAGAGCGAGUUUUUAUCGAGUGUGCGGUCGAAACUGGAGAACAGAAUGAACCAGUACCAUGAAAAGACUAAAGUUGAAAAGAGAACAGAGGCUCAUAACACGUUGUUGGCUAAACAUUCAUCACGAGCCAAGUUAUUAGUCAAUUAUGCUAAUGCUGAAUUACACACUAGGGCCCUGUCGCAUGUACUUUCUGGUGAAGAGAGUGUGUAUUUGGAGGAGAGACAGAGAAUGAAACGAUUGGAAGCGAAUUCCAAGCGACGAGAUCAACGACGACUUCAGAAACAACGCAUGGCUCUGGCCGAAAAGGCAGAUAAAAUCGCACGUGGCGAGAUUGAAGCUCCAGAGGGUGAAGAACAACGCAUUGCUUCACUCAUUGCUAGCACCAAGAGAAAGCCAGGUCCAAAACCUAAAAAAGAGAGGGAGGAAUACGAGAUGUUGCUAGAUGAGCUGGAACUUGCAACUACUCCGGAUAGUCAAGGAGCCCCAGAAACACCGGCGACUGGAAAAGGCAAAUCCAAAUCAAAGACUAAAGGAAAGAGUUUGUCAUCUACAGGUACCGGAUCUACAGCAACGCCUAAAUCUCAUAAACGAAAGUCUACUGAUACAGGUGGUGACGACCAGACCCCAUCUGAUAAGAAGACCAAACUUGCCAACGGCUCGGCAGCUGUAUCUGCUGCUGCAGGAACACCUAAAACCAAGGGAGAAAAAGCAGCUGAACGAGCAGCAGAAAAAGCAGCAGCGAAAGCUGCUAAAGAUGCUGCUAAACAAGCCGAGAAAGCUGCCAAAGAGGAACAAAAAGCUGCUGACAAGGCGGCGGCCGCAGCAGCAGCCGCUGCUGCUGAACAGACCAAAGGUCCGUCUCAAAAGGAAAUUAAAGCAGUUGCUAGACUGUACCAGAAUACUUAUGAAUCGAUAUGGAAAGACAUGGCUCGUCGUGAUUCGGGUAAAGUGUACAGAUUAAUGCAGUCGUCAACAAAUAUGAAGCUUAGUAAUGUGAAGAAAACAGCCAUGCUAGCUGCUAAAGAGGCAAGAAGAUGGCAGUUGAAAACCAAUAAAUCGGCGAAAGAUAUUCCUGCUCGUGCUCGUCGUGGUAUGAGAGAGAUGCUAACGUUCUGGAAACGAAAUGAGAAGGAAGAACGAGACUUGCGCCGUAAAGCCGAGAAAGAAGCUAUUGAGCAGGCUAAAAAGGAUGAAGAAUUGCGCGAGUCGAAACGACAAGCCAAAAAACUCAAUUUCCUUAUCACUCAAACCGAAUUAUACAGUCAUUUCAUUGGUCGUAAGAUUAAAACCGCUGAAGCUGCGGGUGAAGAGGUCAACCAGGAUGAUGAUCCACAUGGUAUUAAACAACUUGAAAGUGGCGAUUCGGCGGGUCGCGUUGAAGAUAUCGAUUUCGACAACACUGACGAUAACGAAAUCAAGCGUAUUGCCAUGAACAAUGCUCAAAAGGCUGUGAUGGAUGCACAAACCAAAGCCCGUAACUUCAAUAACUCUGCUGAGAUUAAAAAUGUGGAUAUUGACGAUGACGACAUGAACUUCCAGAACCCCACGUCUUUGGGAGACGAGGUCAUUGCUCAACCAAAGAUGUUAUCAUGCCAGCUUAAAGAAUAUCAAUUAAAGGGUCUUACAUGGCUUGCUAAUCUUUACGAACAGGGUAUCAAUGGUAUCUUGGCAGAUGAAAUGGGUCUGGGUAAGACGGUGCAAUCUAUUUCGGUCAUGGCAUAUCUCGCUGAAACACAUAAUAUUUGGGGCCCGUUUCUUGUCAUUGCACCCGCUUCGACACUUCACAACUGGCAGCAGGAAAUCUCCAAGUUCGUACCUCAGUUUAAAGCUUUACCAUACUGGGGUAGUGGCAAGGACCGUAAAGUGUUGAGAAAAUUCUGGGAUCGUAAGCAAGUUACGUAUACAAAAGACUCGCCAUUCCAUGUUCUGAUUACUUCAUACCAAUUGGUAGUGGCAGAUGCACAAUAUUUCCAGAGGUUCAAAUGGCAAUAUAUGAUUCUUGACGAAGCACAGGCUAUCAAAUCUUCUUCGUCCACCAGAUGGAAGUCUCUCCUAUCAUUUAGAUGUCGUAAUCGUUUGCUUCUCACUGGUACACCAAUUCAAAACUCGAUGCAGGAACUGUGGGCUUUGUUACAUUUUAUCAUGCCUUCAUUGUUUGAUUCACACGAAGAAUUCAGCGAAUGGUUCUCGAAAGAUAUUGAGAGCCAUGCUCAAAACAACAGUCAGCUGAAUGAGCAGCAGUUGAAACGUUUGCAUAUGAUUUUGAAACCGUUUAUGCUUCGUCGUGUCAAGAAACAUGUACAACAGGAACUGGGUGACAAGAUUGAAAUUGACGUCUAUUGUAAUCUGACCUCGAGACAGCGGGUAUUGUAUAAGAUGCUGCGAUCACAAAUCAGUCUUAUGGAUCUUAUUGAGCGAGCAACGUCGAGCUCAGACGAUGGAACUCAGAGUUUGAUGAACCUCGUUAUGCAGUUCCGUAAAGUGUGUAACCAUCCGGAUUUGUUUGAAAGAGCAGAUGUCAAAUCAGCAUUUAAUUUUGCAACCUUUGCGCAAACUGUGAACGUGAAUCGUGAUGGUCCGGUGAUCGAUGUAGCGUAUACAGCUGUGAACCACAUUAGUUAUUCGGUUCCCAAGCUGGCAUAUCGAGAUGGUGGGUUUUUGGAUAUCCCCAGUCAGGGCAACUACCGGGUCGGGUUCAACCAAAAGUAUCUCAAGAACAAAUUUAGUGUUUGGGAUCCUAGUAAUAUUCUCGAAUCUUCAGCUGAUCCAAAUGGAGCUUUUACUUGGUCACGGUUUGUUGGUAAAUCUGCUGGCGAGAUUGCCAAACUGUCUCAACAAGGUGUUUAUGAACGGGCUAUAGCUGGCUAUUCCAUUGCCGAAAAAAUCCAUCAUGAAGCAUUGGUUCAGCAGAUCUACGACGAGCAAGAACCAGACAAUAGCUAUGUACCUGGCUCGAAGCUAUUCUUGAUCGAUGAUCGAUAUGGACAUGUUGAACAGCUGAAAUCACGAGCAUCACUGGGUGAUGGGCCACUUCAUGAACUGCUGUCAAUUGCAGACAAUGUUGAAAUCGACAACUACUACCAUGUUAGUGAAAAGGCAUACGACUCACGAGUACUCUGUCCCCCUAUUUCUCUCGUUGGUUCUGAUAUGGGACUUGUUAAUGACCAGCAAAGCACUUUGUUUAAUCUAUCAGUUCGAUCAACUUUGGAUCCAUUGACUCUUGACCAGGAGUGGGAUUUGUUGCAGCAUGGUGUCAAACCAGGUGAUUUCCCAGCUUCGAAUUUGUACCCCAAAGAACGCAAUACUCGUGCUGGCUACACUAGUAUUCGUAUGCCGUCUAUGGCUAAAUUUGUAUAUGAAUCAGGAAAGCUGCUGAAAUUGGAUCAGUUACUGACGGAACUCAAGGCUAAUGAUCAUCGUGUGUUAAUUUACUUCCAAAUGACCAAGAUGAUGGAUCUUAUGGAGGAGUACUUGACUUAUCGACAAUACAAGUACUGCCGUUUGGACGGUUCAUCUAAGCUGUCUGAUCGUAGAGAUCUUGUGAACGACUGGCAAACUAGACCCGAUUUGUUUGUGUUUUUGUUGUCUACUCGUGCCGGUGGUCUUGGUAUCAAUCUGACUGCUGCCGACACAGUAAUUUUUUAUGAUUCAGAUUGGAAUCCCACUAUUGAUAGCCAGGCUAUGGACCGAGCCCAUAGACUGGGACAGACGAGACAGGUCACUGUAUACAGAUUGCUUGUCAAGGGAACUAUCGAAGAGAGAAUGAGAGACCGUGCCAAACAAAAGAUGCACGUACAGGCAGUAGUUAUGGAGGGUGGAGGUGCUGCUGGCAGCGGUGUUGAUUUCCAGAAACCCGGUCGUGAAGUGGCAUUCUGGCUUCUCGACGAUGACGAUGCUGUUGAUGCGGCUCUACGUCAAAAAGAGCGUGAGAAGCAAUUGAGCGAAAUCAAGACAAGUAAGAAGAGCAGGAAAUCAGCUGGCACUGGAACUGGCACCGGAUCUAAUGGCACGCCUGCUCCUAUUGCUGCUCCUGUUCCAAGAAAACAAAUCACCCUGGAGGAUAUGUAUCACGAGGACGAGGGUAACUUUGAUGAGUCCAGUCGACCAGCCACUGGUGCGACGACACCUGUAGCUCGAGGCGAGACACCACCAGUGUUUAAGCCAAAAAAGAGAAUGACGACCGAACAACGACUCCGUGCUGUCGGUGACAUUGCAUAA